AUGCCUAACGAGGCUGAGUCUUGUUGUCCUGCAGCUUCGAUUGGUGGAAUACUAGUGAGUCAGCAGGGCACAAGCAAUAAUAAUUCUCAAUCAGGCUGCGAUGAGAGAGCAUUUUCCCUCAUAUCACCACAGUUGCUCCCAACCCUGCCGGAAAUCCAUUGCCCCUCACCGAUGGAUCCUGUCACGGCCGUUGGCCUGGCAUCGGCCAUCAUUUCCUUCGUUCCUCUUGGUGUCAAACUAUUGCAGAGCGUGCGGGAGAUCCGUGAGUCCGUCGACGGUAGCGUCGAGAAAAACCAGACGCGAAAGGCCAUAGUGGAUGAGAUGCAAGCAAUCUCUCGGCGACUGAAGCCAGCAGUUCAAACUGGGGUCUUGCCCGAGCAGAGUGGCCUUUACGACCUCGCGCUGAAAUGCCACGAUUUAUCACAGAAGAUCCUUGAACUUCUCGAUAAGAUCAGACCGAGAAAUAAGGGCUCUUUUGAAAAUUAUCGGUCUGCGUAUAGGGCUUGGAGUUGCGAAAGCGAGAUCAAGAAUCUGGAGAAACAGCUGAAUGACUGUCGGAGUCAGCUAGCAUUAGGCCUAGUAGAUCUUUCAAGGUAUCAAACUCCCCAACAUUUUUAUACAUUUAAGUUACAGGAUCUCACAAUCGUAUGUAGUCAAGAAUCAAUAGGGUACUCGAGAAAGCUUUUAGCCAUGGUCUUGGAUGAUGCAUCACGACUAGUUGAACUCCAAAGACACAUAGAAACACUGAGGAAUGGUGUUCAAGUCGACCAAAUCGGCAGAGAGGCCAGGAUUCAGCUGCAGAGUCUUCUGCAUCUUCAAAACGAAGCCCUCACCAUCAUUUACCAGAAUCGUAUUCUUGAAGGCAUUAGAUUUGAGAGUAUGCACGAGAGAGAUGACAGAGUGCAUUACCCCCAUGAGCAAACUUUCAAUUGGCUCGUGGAAGACCAUAGGGCUGAGAACGAAACAACAGGAUUGAGCAAGUCUGACAGCCCUGAGAUGCACAAAAUGAAGUUAAUGUCUAAAAAGCUCUUUAUAGGUUGGCUUUCUUCACCAGAGGGUAUUUUCCAUGUCUCAGGGAAACUGGGAUCAGGCAAGUCCACAUUAAUGAAGCUGCUAUGCACACAUGGGCAAACUCGGAUUGGGCUUCAGAAGUGGGCAGGAAACAAGUCCCUCCUCAUCACUCAGUUUUUCUUUUGGAAACCUGGAACUGAAAUGCAAAAGUCUCUAAACAGUCUCUACCGAUCUCUCUUACACGACAUACUCCAUGCUUAUCCUGAACUUACCAGAAAUACUUUGCCGCAUGUCUGGAAGGAAGUCGAGAACAGCCCUUGGCAGAUACAGACCAAGCUGGCUUUGACGAUUGAUGUUGCAAAGUCUGCUCUCGAACAAAUCAUAUACAAUAGCGACUUGUGCGCUCAAAACAUUUGUUUCUGCUUCUUCAUUGAUGGUCUUGAUGAGUACGACGACUCACAUAGCCGAGAUCAUCUUCAUCUUGUGAAUCUGUUGAAACAUUGGGUCCAGAAUUCGCAGGGGAGGCUGAAGAUCGUAGUCUCCAGCAGAGAUUACAAUGUGUUUCUAAACGGGUUUUCAUCGGAGUAUCGGCUUCAACUUCACAAACUUACCUGGUUCGAUAUGAGAUUUUAUGUGCGAGAUUCGCUAUGCCACAUUUCAGACUCGGACCUCAAGGAGCAUUUGCUCACAGCCAUUCCUAAGAAGGCCAAUGGGAUCUUUCUCUGGAUAAUUCUGGUAGUCAAUGAAAUUCGGAAGAAGAUCGAAGACGAAAUAUCGCAAGAUCAACUACUUCAGCUUCUUGACAGUCUUCCGCCUGGCCUUGAAGCGUUGUUUGAGCAUAUACUGAGCGGCCUUGAUAGGAAUAGCCAAAGGGCUGCUUAUCAAACCAUGUCCCUACUUAGGACCGCCAUUGACAACCAUCUGACCUUCGCUCUUAUGGAGUUCUCAUUCCUCGAAAACUAUCAAAAAGACUCAAAUUUCUCUACCCGGGAGGCAUUCUUGUCCAACUAUGCGAGAGAGGUAGAUGAAGUGAGGAUACCGGAGGUUUACGAAAAAAGGCUGCGUGGUAUCUGCGGCGGCCUUGUUGAAUGUCACCAGUCCACCGCGAAGUAUUACAAAGGUUGGGGAAGCCUCAGCUUCACCCACCGAUCUAUUCCUGACAUGCUUGGAAGAGCAAAGCUCAAAGCAGAAAUACAAACAUACCUUGAGGGUUUUAAUAGUAUCGACGCCCUUUCUCACUUGAUUUUCGCAGCGGCACAGUUCAGGAAGAAUAAAUCGGGAGCUAGGCCCUCGUGCGCGGGCCUGACUUGGAUGCGGCUGGCGGCGAGUAUUGAUGAGCCCCCAUAUAGCUUCCUUCACUGCAUUUCGUCAUGGUUUGGUGAUCCAUUCGACGUGAUCCCUGAGCCAAAUCGUCUUCUAUUGCACCAAAGCGUUCAAGUAUUUACCAACCAAGGCCUACAAAGCUUGGUUCGAUAUGGAUCGAUCACAAAACGUGAGACCUUCAGCACGAUCUGCCAAGGAGCACUCAUAGGGAAUGUUGAAUAUGUUGAAUGGGAAUUUAAGAAUAGCCCCAAAGCUAUUGAUAAGGCUUGGAAGAGAGUACUUGUUGCCAACGCCCUUCUGGACACCUAUCUUCGAGAUGGUCUGCCUAUCCAAGCACUGAGCUACUUCUUCAAAGGUGCUUUUCUGUCUCAGGAGCGCCCUUACUUCGGCGUCAAUCACCUUCUAACCAAUGAACAACUAGAGGAUGCCUUCGCAGAUAUCUCCCACUCAUCUACGGGCUUAAGCUAUGCCCUCUUAGAAGACCUUACCGUUUGGGAAAGAUUUCUAGUCUCUUGCUUCCUAGGCUGGAUUGGUAUGAAAUAUCCUUUUCAUACUGAUCGGUUUGGGCUUGCUGUUGCACAGUUUCUCUUGCACGGAGCCCCUUCUGAGUUCCGUGUCGUUAUCGGGCGCAUUCAGCGCCUGAGAUUCCCCUUCUAUCUCAUGUUUCACUUUCCCAUGCCCAAUAGUCCAUUGUCAGUUGAGAUUCGAGAGGAUGAAGGAAUCUCAAAUGAGGUGAUCGAGAGGUGGGUUAAGUACGGCAGUAAGCCAAGCAUGUCUAUGUCACUUCGCGAAUGGGUACAGACCGUGAGUCCGAAAAACAAAAUUGCCAUACUAGAGAUCCUAGACACGGCCAAAGAGCACCUUCCAGGCUCAAGAGAGAGCGAUAAGGGCCCCAGGGCAUCAAACAGAACAACUCCGCUGGUUACAAAGCUUCCAGUCGUGGUUAGUCCCAGUCCUUAUCGACAGAUGAUUCUCCAUAGAGUUUUCCCAGGUUAG